CGCACAGAGACCCGGAAAGGUAGCCGGCGCCACUGGCGGGGAGGCAGACACGCCUUCGGCCCGCCCUCCUGAGCCCGCCCCCCAGGCCGCAGCGAGCCGCUCACUGGUCAGCCUGGGCCCGGCCAGGGGCGGGGAUUGGCUGAUUGGCAUAAGGUCCCGGGACGGCCAAUCUGGAAGGCUGAGUCGUCCGGGAAGGUGCUGGCUGCGGCGCGGCGGAGGGUGGCUUUGAAUACCCGAUCUUCCUGCUUCUAUCUUCAAAGUCCUGAGAUUACAUCGUGCUCUAUGGACCAUGUGCUGCUAUGGAUGCCUGAAGCACUUGAACUGCAGGUUGGGAAGACGUGGACACCUAAAUGCUGGGCUGGAUUAAGUGCCUGAUGAGGAUGGUGAUUCAGCGAGUUGGGAUCAGCAUGCAGUCGGUACUUUGGUCUGGAAAACCAUAUGGUUCAUCUCGAAGUAUCGUAAGGAAAAUUGGUACCAACUUAUCUCUGAUUCAGUGUCCAAGAGUUCAAUUUCAGCUCACCAGCCAUGCCACAGAAGGGAGCCCUGCCCACCCAGGAGAGGAUGUGGUGGCAUCUUUUGCUGAUGUUGGAUGGGUAGCCACGGAAGAAGGAGAGUGCUCAACAAGACUCAGGGCAGAGGUCAGGUCCAAGUCUCCCCCCGAGGAUGACCUUCCUUGCUUUGAGAAGCCCCCAAGCAGGCACGUUUCCUUACCAAACUUGUCUCAAGAUGAGCACCCUCCAAAGACAACACUGGCCAGUGAGGAGGCCUUGCAGAAGAUCUCCGCACUUGAGAAUGAGCUCGCUGCCCUUCGAGCUCAGAUUGCCAAGAUUGUGACCCUACAGGAGCAACAGAGUCUCGGUGCAGGUCACUCAGAUUCCUCCACGGUAGCACCACCCCCUCCUCCUCCUCCGCCUCCUCCUCCCCCUCCCCCACCCCCUCCCCCACCGCUCCACCAAAGUAUGUCUGCUGUUGAUCUGAUUAAAGAGCGAAGAGAGCAAAGACUCAAUGCUGGAAAGACUUUGGUGAAGAGCCACCCAAAGCCGCCUGACAUGCCAAAUAUGCUUGAGAUCCUUAAAGAUAUGAACAGUGUGAAGCUACGGUCAGUCAAGAGGUCAGAGAAAGAUGUCAAGCCUAGGCCAGUAGAUACUACUGACCCUGCUGCCCUCAUAGCAGAGGCUCUGAAAAAGAAGUUUGCUUAUCGCUAUCAACACAGUAGUCAAGGUGAAGUUGAAAGAGAAAUUCCAAAGCCAGAGUCAGAGGCCACCUCAGAGCCAGCCCUGUUUGGCCCGCAUAUAUUGAAGUCUACAGGGAAAAUGAAGGCUUUAAUUGACUCCUAAUGGACAAUGAGUUCAGAAAGACUCCUGUCUCACCUGUUGGCUUGCAGAGCUGAGUUUGACUAGUAGAAAUCACCAGUAUUUAGUAAAUUCCUGACUGGAGUA